AUGGAGGGAAUCACAUUAUCAUUAAUCGUGUUAGGAUGUUUUACCGUUAUUAGUCCUACUUAUGGAGACGUGGAGGAAACGGUCGAAGCACUAUUCAAAAGAAUAAAGCUGAUGCAGGUACAACGGACGGUGCCCUCAAUACCGCCAUUUUUCUGGGGGAAAUUUCGCGGAAUUUAUGAAAGCGAUGUUCGACAGUAUUUUCAUGGAAACCCUGACAUGAGCGCCCUCCGUUAUGAGUUUAAAGUAUUUGAUAAUAACAUGUUUGCAACUGCCUGGAUAACAUCGUGCCUCAUGGAAGCUUAUCGAUAUGGAAAAGCACCGAAGCCUUCCGAGGAGCAAAUCAGUAUGUCGAUUGAUAUUUUAAUGGACAAUCACAACGACAAAAACACAAACUAUACUAACUCAAUCAUGGCAUUUUGGCCUCAGGAGUAUGACGAAAAAUACAAGGGCUGGGUCAGCACUCCAAUCAACUUGCUCUCAAUGUUUAACGCCACUGAUCUUGUCAACUGGAAUGCAGUAUAUGAGGAGAUGGAGAAGAUUGGACUAAAGGACGUAGUGGACAUCAUGAAGGGACUUCUCGCCACUAAAUCUAUUUACGAAAGCGUAUUCCGGAUACCUCCAGAUUUUGAUGAUACGUCUGUGAAUCUUGGCCUGGGGUCAUUGUUGAAGGAAGCUAUUGUAGAUUUCCCACAAUCCAAUGCAUUGUGGCAGUCCCGGAACACAAAUCUGUCAUCCGUAUUCAGCGCUAUCAAACACUAUGCCUACCGACCUCUGUCAGGAAACAAGCGGGUGGAUACUAUAGACACGAGGACUUACGUCUACAUGCGUAGAUUCCUAGAACUUGCAAAGUCAAAAAAUGAAGACGUAGCUUUAGUAACAACAUGGGUACAAGAUCUGGAGGAUAUAAAGACCCAAUACUACACGGGCGUGGUUACCCCGGGUAACGUAAACAACGUUGACAUAACCGUAGCGGCCAACGCCUUAUUCGGUAUCACCAACAGUAUACUUACGGGUCUUGUCACGGCGGAGGUCCUGGAGGACCCGGAAAUGCAGCAAAUCUACCUGAACACGACAUCGAUGAUAGCCUUUCAGAUCAACACCAACUUCUCUAGCCGUCCUGACCUAGCACUGACCUACUAUCCAUCAGCUAUAGAGUUUUAUUGGUUCGUGGCCAGAACAUACAGUCAGCUUCAAAGACGAUACACAUAUAAUGGUCUUCCUCACCACACAAUGAAAGCGGCGAUGGAUAUUCUCGGAGACGUACUGAGAAACAACGCUACAACAAUAAUGCUUAAGGAAGCUAUACCACAAGGAACUGAUAUGGUGUAUUAUGAUGAUUUUCUCGGAGAUGGGGAUAUCGACGCUGACGGCAAACCAGUGAAAUACGGCGAGGACCGCUUGUUUACAACAGCAAUGGCCGCGAAUGCACUCAUAACAAUCUGGACAUCUUUUGAGGAAAAAUCAGGAACAUUGAUCUGGAACCAGACUACGCCAAAAGAGGUUAAAGACGUCGUAACACGUGCUGUGAAGUUCCUGGAUACGUACAUAUUGUCUGGAGAGUAUAAACCUUGGAAUGCUUUCUUUUCUGGCUCCGUCAAAGGAUCAGGGACGUCUUGGUCAGAGUAUCCAGCGAAUCGGCAUGAAUAUUUCAAUGGGACCAAGGUUCUUCCAGAUCAUCAUUACCAUUCUGCUACCAUCCGAGGAAUGCAAGGGGUUCCGAAUGAAACCUGGUACAAACAAGAAGAGGCUACAAUGAGAUCUCCUAUCGACUUCCCUGGAUUUAACAAUCAGAAUAGAUACUUUCCGUUCUGGUCCUCAGAGCCGUACACAUACGCUGUUACGAUGUUAGCCCUGUCCACCUUCAGCAAUAUUGUGUGA